GAUUGGUGGCGGCGGGAGGCGCGUCAGUGAGGGGGACCCUACUGGGAACUCCCCGCCGCGGCGCCGGACCGGGCUGCUGGUGCUGCUGCUGGUGGUGGUGCUGCCGCCAGUCCCAUUGGUCUCAGGGCAGAGGCUCGCAAGGCUGAAGCAUGAGCUCCGACUACGACGUGGUGGUGAUCGGGGCCGGCAUCUCAGGUCUGUCAGCAGCUAAGCUGUUAUCUGAAUCUGGACUUAAGGUUGUGGUUUUAGAAGCACGAGACAGAGUUGGUGGACGGACACACACAAUUAGGAACAAGCAAGUGAACUAUGUAGAUGUUGGUGGAGCCUACGUAGGACCUACACAGAAUCGAAUUCUGCGACUAGCUAAAGAACUUGGCAUAGAAACAUACAAAGUGGAUGUAGAGGACGCGGGGAUCCUGCACACAAAUGGGAAAUCCUACCCGCUGUAUGGUUUCUUUCCUUCAACAUGGAAUCCUUUCACAUAUCUAGAUUUUAACAAUUUUUGGAGAACAAUGGAUGAACUGGGGGAAAAGAUACCCGCUGAAGCACCCUGGGAUUCACCAUGUGCUGAAAAACUGGACAAAAUGACAAUGGAAGAGUUUAUUAACAAACAUUGCUGGACAAAAGCUGCCAAAGAUUUUGCUACUCUCUUUGUAAAUGUCAACAUAACUUCUGAGACACAUGAAGUCUCUGCUCUUUGGUUUCUUUGGUAUGUGAAGUUAUGUGGGGGAACAACACGGAUCUUUUCUGUCACAAAUGGAGGGCAGGAGAGGAAGUUUGUUGGGGGUUCUGGACAGAUUACUGAAAAGAUCCAUGAACUACUCAAGGACAAUGUUAAACUGGAGAGGCCUGUAGUUUAUAUUGAUCAGUCUGGUGACAGCAUCAUUGUGAAGACACUUAACCAUGAGACUUAUAAGGGCAGUUAUGUGAUCAGUGCCAUUCCCCCAGUCUUAACCACAAAGAUUCAUUUCGAGCCAGCACUUCCUACCAAAAGAAACCAGUUAAUUCAGCGCAUUCCCAUGGGCUCUGUCAUUAAAUGCAUGAUGUACUACAAAGACGCCUUCUGGAAGAGGAUGGGAUUCUGUGGUGCCAUGAUCAUUGUGGAUGAAGAGGCUCCCAUUUCAGUAACCUUAGAUGACACUAAACCUGAUGGGUCUGUGCCUGCCAUUAUGGGCUUCAUCCUUGCAAGAAAGGCAUUUAGAUUAACAGAACUUAGCAAAGAAGAGAGGAAGAAAAGAAUAUGUGAACUGUAUGCAAAAGUGUUGGGAUCAGAAGAAGCAUUACAUCCAGUGCAUUAUGAAGAAAAAAACUGGGGUGCGGAACAAUAUUCUGGCGGUUGCUAUACAGCCUAUUUUCCACCAGGAAUUAUGUCCCAAUAUGGAAGGGUAAUUCGUCAGCCAGCUGGAAGGAUCUACUUUGCUGGCACUGAAACAGCUACACAGUGGAGUGGCUAUAUGGAAGGAGCCGUACAGGCUGGAGAGAGAGCUGCCAGAGAGAUAUUAUGCAGCAUGGGAAAGAUUUCAAAGAGUGACAUUUGGCGAACAGAACCAGAAUCAAAGGAUGUUCCAGCUCUCCCAAUCACAACUACCUUUUUGGAAAGGAAUUUACCAUCUGUCCCAGGAUUCCUGGUCCUUCUGGGAUUUUCUUCCCUCUUUACUACAUUGGCUGCAGUUGGACUCUUUGCUUACAAGAAGGGAUAUAUCCCCCGAGCAUGUAUCUAAUAUAACAAAUCCCAUCUCCCCUCACACUGUGGAUAUUAUCCUUCAAGAGGAGUCUUUCAGAAUCUCUUUGGGACACCUGAAUCAACUCAGUCAAAUCGAUUCAAUACAUGACCCAUGGAGUAAAUGAUGUUCUAUUUUCUUUCCUCACUUACUUUGCUUGAUUGAAAGUCAGUGACCUUUCUUCUCACUGCGUUCUAUCCAUCCCCUGGUGAUACUAAUGAGAACAAACCAGAACAGAUUUUGCACAUUUUCCAGUGUCUUUGGAAACCAUCUGCUUGUCUUAAUUUUUAAAAGAAACAAAAUCUUAUGGUGAACAAAUAAAUAUUCAACUCAGA